GGAUUAAUAUGACAUAAACAUGUUCAAAAACCAAUAGUAGCAGCGGUUACUAUUGAUGAAGUAGUGUUGGAGCAUUUUUAAUUUCUAGAUGGGAACAUACCUGAAUUAAUCACACAAAAUUGCGGACUGCUCAUUGCGGUCCAAAUUCGUAAGUAAUUCGAAACGAUUACGAAAGUUUGAAAACAAAUACCCAUUUUAAUAACAUUGUAACAAAACACUAAACAAUUGAAAAUUGACCAAGUAACCCAUAUGUAAGUGAAAUGUGAAAUAAGGUGUAACAUAAUCUACAUUCCGCAGUAAGUAUUUUAAAUGUUACCGACGAUGUGCUAAUUAUCGCAUUUCUUGCAUGGAAUUAGUGUCUUAAAAUGGUUUGAAUUUUCGGAUACAGCAAUGUUUGAAAAAAAAAUAUUUUAAAAAUUAAAAAUUAAGGUUCUUCUUCGAUAUUCUGAUACAUUUUUGCUGUACUGUAAUAUGAAAGCCAAAUAACCUUUGAAAUUAAGUUUUAGAAAAGCACAAAACAUACUUAAAGAUGGCCGGAGUGAGUCAGCAAAUGAACUUGUACUCUCUUACGAGAAUGGCUUUAACAUUAGGACCUGGAUUGGGAUUUCUAUUAUAUCUGCAUUCUGCAACUUUAAAUCAAAGACCAGAUAUAUUGGACAGAGAUAAUCGUAUAAGAGAUACAGUGUACACGGAAAUAAAAGAUAAUUAUGAUUUUAUCAUAAUUGGAGGAGGCAGUGCCGGUUCAGUUUUAGCGAACAGAUUGUCGGAAAAUCCGUUCUGGAGUGUUCUUCUUAUUGAAGCUGGUCCGGACGAGAUCAGUGUAACAGACAUGCCUAUGAUGUUUCCAGCGCUCCAAUUAACGCCCUUUGAUUGGAAAUAUAAGACAGAACCAGGUGAUAAGUAUUGCCAAGCAAUGGUUAAUGAACAGUGUAACUGGCCAAGAGGAAAAGUAUUAGGAGGAUGUUCAGUUCUAAACGCCAUGCUCUAUGUUAGAGGCAACAGGCGAGACUACGACAGAUGGGCUGACAUCGGAAAUCCAGGCUGGAGCUUUGAUGAGGUGUUGCCGUACUUUAAAAAAUCAGAAGACAUGACUAUCGAUGAAUACAGAGAAGAUCCUUACCAUGGAACAGGUGGUUAUUUAACAGUUGAAAAAUUCAGGUAUCGAUCUCCCUUGUCCGAAUGGUGGCUUGACGCAGUUAGAGAAGCUGGUUACGAUAUAAGAGAUAUAAAUGGAGAAUAUCAAACUGGAUUUAGCUUGUCACAUGGUACUUUAAGAGAUGGAUUGCGGUGUAGUACAGCCAAAGCAUUUUUAAGAUCCGUGUCUGACCGUCCCAACUUGGAUGUGAGUUUACAUUCGCAUGUUCACAAAGUGUUGCUCAACGAUAAUAAUCAAGCUUAUGGAGUCAAGUUUACAAAAUUUGGACUGGAGAAAACCGUUUAUAACGAUCGAGAAGUUAUUCUCAGCGCUGGAGCUCUCGCCUCCCCUCACUUAUUAAUGUUGUCUGGUAUUGGACCUAAAGAGCACUUGGAGGAAGUCGGUAUUGACCCGUUAAUCCAUUCGCCAGGUGUAGGAAUGAAUCUUCAAGAUCACGUAGCCAUGGGUGGCGCAUCGUACCUUUUCGACCCAGGCGAAUACUAUGCAGACAAAACAUGCAGCUUCAGUUUACCUAAAGUAUUUUCCACUGAAACUGUCAAUGACUUUGCAAACAAUAAGUCAGGACCUGUCUACUGGUUACCUGUAUGCGAGGUCAUGGGAUUUGCAAAUACAAAAUAUGCCGACUACGAAGACGAUUGGCCCGAUGUGCAAUAUUUCUUUGCCCCCUACUCAGAUAGUUCUGAUGGUGGCCUAUUCAGUAAAAGAGCUGCAGGUUUAAAGGAUGACGUCUUUUCAGCAGUAUAUGAAGAAAACUUGUAUAAAGAAUCAUUUUCUAUUUUAACACUUUUACUCAGACCCAAAAGUCGGGGCAGGCUCCUUUUGAAAGAUAAAAAUCCCGAUUCGAAAAUAUUGAUUUACCCGAAUUAUUUUAAUCAUCCUGAGGAUGUUAAAGUAUUGGUAGAAGGAGCAAAAUUAGCGCACAAGAUAGCGACAGAAACUCCAACAAUGAAAAAAUAUAGAGCAAGAUUUAACCCCUAUAGAAUGCCCGGUUGUCACAAUCUCGAAUUCCUAUCUGAUGAAUAUUGGACAUGUUUGGCUUACCAUUACACCCUUACUAUCUACCACCCAGUGGGGACUGCCAAAAUGGGCCCGGAUGAUGAUUAUAUGGCCGUGGUAGAUCCAAGAUUGCGAGUUAGAGGAGUAACAAAUCUCAGAGUUGUAGACUGCAGUAUAAUGCCCUACAUACCCAAUGGAAAUACGAAUGCCCCCGUUAUUAUGGUAGCUGAGAAAGCUGCUGAUAUGAUAAAAGAGGACUGGCGAGUGCUGAACAAACCCUAUACCAGUUCGGAUGAGUCUAGCAGUGAAGAAUCGGAUGAGAAAAUUGAUGACAGAAGCAGUGAAGGUGCAGAAUCUCCAGAUAAAGAAAGUUAUGCUGCUAGAAAUUCAGAUCCGCAAAGUAAAACUCGCCUUCCACAACAGGAGGCUGAGAACCCAGUUUUAGAAAUGGCAAUGCAAAAAACGCCAAUUAUAAAUCGCAACAUGGAUUAUUGGUAAUCAAACAUCAAUUACUGGAAACUACAUCAAUAUUAUAGGCCACAAGAAAAUUGUUGGAGUCUGCCUAGUCACUGUUAAGAAAGACAAAAAGUAUGUUUGAGUUAGAAUGUCUAAAAAACCGUUAAAGCUUUCAUAAGGAAAAAUAAACGUUAUUCGCUCGCAAA